AUGUACAAAUGGAGGUGUUUAUACAUCUACUUUGUGUUAAACCUGUUUCUCUAUAUGUCAAUUUGUUUUGUGAAGAAUGACCACAUAUCAUUCGGUAAAAAAUCCCCAAACCUUAUAGCAAGAAACUUAUUUUUCGGUCAAAAUAUAGAAUCGAACAAAAAUGAAUAUCCUCCUACUGAGUUUGAUACAAUAAGUCCUAGAGCGAAAAAGCUCGGUAGAUGUUCUGACAAUGCACUAUACGAUAUAUUCGAUUUUAAAGCUGAUAUGCUACAAAAUGUAGAUAUCACUAAUUGUGUAAUCAAUAAACUGGAUUCUAUACAUUCAAGGGAAAACUGUCCAGAUUUUUUUGAUAUUUUGAUCAAAUGUCCCUCUGUGAGGGAACUUAAAACUUAUAGAUGGAUGAAAUAUAUGCAUGAUAAGAAUGUUUGUAAUAGGAUUAAUGAAGGAUCUGAAUUUGAAACUGGAGAAUAUUGGAAAGAUCCUCCAGUUUCAGAUUUUGAGCCCCUAAAAUCAGACAAUUCCCUGAUGAAUCUUAACUCUGAACCUGACACUACAAUUAACAUUCCUGAUAUAAUUAAAUCCAAUAAUAAAGGUAUUGAAACUAAUGGAAAUGACAUUCAUGAUGGUAGUGAAAUUAAAACAAAAAAUGAAGCCACAAAUGAAUUGAAUAAACCUGUGUACAAGAAGAAAGUGGUGGGUUACGAUAACUCGGGUUAUUAUUCCAAUGUGUUAAUAUUGCUAAAUGCAGACAGAGAAAUACUUAAGCGAAGAUGUGAGGCACUUAGAUUGGAUAAUAUACUAGGUCUGACAAAUACUGACGUGAUGCAAUUGUUGAUUGCAUCGCAGGAAUUUCUCAUGGCCCCGAAAAACUUCAAAAAUACCGUAAAUUUUUUAAUCGCAUUUGGCAGGGCCAAUCUAAAUCUUCAAAAUGAUGAUUACAAACUAUGGGAAGAUCUACCCAACCCCCCAAAGUGCAUAAAUGUGCCUUCAAUUUAUGCUAUGAUAGGUAGGAAGCAAAUGAUAGCACCAAAAUUCAUGUGGAAGAGGAGGAGAUCAAAGUCCGAACCGUACAGAGAUAAAUGGCCAAUAUCCACGCCUGAUACACCAAGUGCAUUGUCAAGAUGGCUUAACUCAGCGGAAUCCUUAUACAUUCAUACAACAAAGGGAGUAAAACAUGUAGGAACUGCUCUUAAUGACUUUGACAAACAUUUCCCUAAUGACAAGCAUUACAACACUUCUUGUAGCAUAAACAGAUAUGAUUGUGCCACCAGUGUCGAUUUUUUAGGCAAUAUGGGUAAGAUGCUGAAAUGCGUGCGGAGACAAAAGGUUGCAGCUAAGCCCAUAUAUAGUAACAAUUACACAUUCGGCAUCAACGAUUUGGCUAAUGAGGAUGAUAACAUAAAUGUAAACAAUUGGUCUAAGGCGGAUAUUAGGAAAAUGCUGCUGAAAAAUCCACUAUUGGGUUUACGCCGUACUAGGACAUUGAUCAAUUGUAUCAGAAAUUUGCAUGAAGUAAUGGGGUUUUCGUACAAAGAAAUAUUGGCUUUAGGUAUUAGAUACCCUAGCAUAUUCACAUGCGGGGACUACAAAAAUCAUGUAAACGCCAUAUACGAUAGUGAUCGUGACUUUACUUACAAGGAUGUAUUUUAUCUAAUAAAAAAACUUCCAUAUCUUCUUACAUCCAAUAUCCCUAGGUCGAUAAGGCCAAAAAUAUAUUACAUACGCCGAAUCAUGGGCAAAACAAUUGAUGAACUUCUGGAGUACCCUCAAUAUCUAUCAUUUUCUCUUCGAGAUAGAAUCAUGCCUAGACACUACUGCCUAAUGAAUCUUCACUACCAGAACAAGUUUGACAAAGUAUACAAGUAUCUCUUUUGUACAGGCCUUCAUCACUCAUACGGUACGUUGGUUGAAGAUGAAACUUUGGACAAAGCUUUGAAACUGCCAAAGGAUUUGAGUAACCAUUUAACGGCAUAUUACAAACUUAACCAGGAGUACAAGAUUAGGGAUUUACUAUCACCAGGAGAUGAUCUAUUUUGCAAAAUAUUUAAUGUUUCUUGGAGGGAUUUGGUGAUCGCAAAAGAAAAGUCCAUGUUGAUUCCCACUCCCCAAGAUCUGCCAUAG